AUGAUCGGAACAGUGGGGAAGAGUGAAGUCCGUUUCAUUUUCCGAAAGAUGAGUGAACAAGCAAUAAAACCAGUGGCUGUGGGUGUUGUUGUUAACGUAGAUCUGGAAAUGAAUUAUGGUAUUAUUCAUGCGAACGGUUAUGGACGCGUACUUAUUAUGCGCAAUUUCGAUAAGGAUUUGGUACAAUUAAGCAAUUGGAUUUCAGUCGAAGUUGAACAGAAUACGGAUCCUGUUCUGACAUUUGAACGUAUCUAUUGUAAUUUUAUUGAUGCCGGAAAACCAAAAGCUAUCGAUGAACCAUUGCCCACAGCCACAUCACUCUCUAAAACGGGUACAACGAAUUUACGUAUCCAAACACCGGUGUUCGUAGGGAAUAUCACAUUUGGAAGUAGCAUUGGACUCAGCCCGUAUUUGGGUCGCGUUUAUUUGAAUAAAAAUCUUUGUAAAAAGUUUAAUGCAAGUCCACUUACUUGGGCAUAUUGUGGUGUUAUAUCAGUUGCGCCAUGCGAAGCUAACUUCAAUUCGUUCUGGGAGGCUCGGACUGCUAGGCGUGAAGAUUGCGACGAUCCAAAAUUUUCCCAAAGCAUCAGAAGAUGCCUGGGCCGAUUUCAUUCUUCCAAUGAAAAGAACAUUUGUAUUUUACAAUUGUUUGAUAGAAAUGAUAAAGACAAAGGCUUUGCAUAUGUUCAUUCAUUUGAUUUUGCUCAUACUGUUCGUGAAGAAGACUUGAAGAAAGCGAAGGCCAUUCAGGUUUACGUUGCUGCACAACUCUUGUAUUUUCCUGAUUAUCCUGUUCUUGCAUGUUAUGCACGUGUCAUUGAUGAUGGCUUGCAAGAUGUACAAGUUGAAACGGUGGAGGAGAAACUUGCCAUGCUUGAUAUAUCUGUUACGGACAACAGCAGUGAUGUCGGAAGCAGUAAACCGAAGGCUCUUGAGGAUGCGCCGUUAAUUUGUGAUAAAAAUUGUGAAACAAUUGACUUCAUCAGCAAGCUGUUGGCAUAUCAGUCGGUGGCCAAAAAUAUCAAGAAGAUAUUUGCCUUCAAUUGGUCGUCAGUUAUGGCAGACGACUAUUCGGUACAAUUAAAAAAGGCGUUCAGAGAGUUACAGACCAAAGUGGCUGAUACAAAUCGCCGUUUACAACUUGGUGAUUCAUUAAAGAAGCAACAGGAGCAGAAUCGACGAAUAGCAGAGCUAACCAAGGCACAGCUUUUGGAGUUAGACAAGAAUACGCCUGUAUAUAUGAGUAUUGGGCGAAUGUUUGCCAAAGGAACCGUAGAAUCAGAGAUCAUACGACAUGAACAAGAAAUUGUGAAAGCAAAAGAAAAAAUAGCUGCAAUCGAUCAUCAAAGAAAAUAUCUAGAGAAAAACUUAGCCGAGUCGGAAAAGAAUAUUAGAGAAUUAGUAGAGUCGCGACCGUGA